CCGCCGAUAUCCGGGUCCAUUCAUGAGGCGCUGAUCACACUCCAGGAAGCCAGACAGACCCUUUCUUCUUGUUUCUGAGUUGCGGAGAAGAGCCGACCAUGCCUGGACUUCUGCUGGGGGACGAGUUCCCUAACUUCGAGGCCGACACCACCAUCGGCAGGAUCAAGUUCCACGAUUUCCUGGGCAGCUCAUGGGGCAUCCUGUUCUCCCACCCAAAGGACUUCACUCCCGUCUGCACCACCGAGCUUGCCCGUGCCUCAAAUGUCAGCGACGAGUUCAAGAAACGAGGCGUGAAGAUGAUCGCCUUGUCCGUAGACAGUGUGGAGGAUCACCGCAACUGGAGCAAGGAUGUGAUGGCGUUCAACAAUGAGGCUGAUAGCCCUCUGCCGUUCCCCAUCAUCGCUGACGACAAGAGACAUCUGUCUGUCCAGCUCGGCAUGCUGGACCCCGAUGAGAGAGACAAGGAUGGGAUGCCCCUCACCGCUCGCUGUGUCUUUGUGAUCGGCCCAGACAAGAAGAUGAAGCUGUCCAUCCUCUACCCCGCCACCACAGGGAGGAACUUUGACGAGCUGCUCCGAGUUAUCGACUCUCUGCAGCUCACUGCACAGAAGAAGGUGGCCACACCCGUCGACUGGAAGCCUGGUCAGAAAGUCAUGGUCAUCCCGUCGCUCUCUGAUGCUGAAGCCGCUGCUCUCUUCCCCAACGGUGUGACCACCAAAGAGGUGCCUUCUGGGAAGAAAUACUUGCGCUACACCCAGCCCUGACGAGACACUACAGCUUUCUCUAGUUAACAGCUCUUUUUGGGGAAAAAUGGAAAUCCUUGAAAUACUAAUUCUCAUAUAGAACUGAUCAAAAGCAUUGGAUGCACUUAUCCGGUUUGGUGACUAGUGGGAUGCAAUGAGCCAGGAGUGUAGUGUAGAGUAUAGUGUCCUUUUACGCUGCCUUGUUUCCUUCAAUAAACACACUUUUCACACA